UGCGCGUUCACAUCAGAAAAUCACUUUCCCUUAUUCUUUGUUAUUUCUAUGGCUGUCCAAACUUUACCUUUUGUUUCUGUUCAAGCAGACUGGGAUGAUGUGGUGAGAGAGGUAGCCUCUAAUACCAUUGCCGAAGGCUCGUUUUGGAUCGCUUGUUAUUUGACAGGAAAGCAAAGUGUUCAAGGAUCAGUAAAUGUAAAACGUACAAAGGAACACGAAAUCAAACUUGAAGGAAACGAUGCGUACAUUUCAGGUAGAAUGUCCUGCACUCGGCAUUAAGAACAUUACCGUCUAUGGACCUAAAACAGAUUUUUACCCCGUCAAAGGAAAAGCAGUUUCAUGUAUUGAUAUAUCUCCCAACGGCAAUUUAUUUGCAGCAGGAAAUGGUGAUGAAGUAACUUUAGGAUCAGUCACCGAAGGAAAAUCACAGACUAUACUUAAAGGCCACCUCAGUGAUGUUACUACAGUCCAGUUUUUCCCUAGUAAUUUGGUAGUGCUAACAGGCGGAGCUGAUUUUCAAGUAAAAAUCUGGUCAGUCUUAAACGGUAGUAAUCCUGUUACAUUGCAAGGUCAUACAUCUGCAAUCACAAGUACUGCGAUUAUCGCACAAGGAAGAAAUGUUUUAUCUUCUUCUCGUGAUGGUACUGUCAAAUUAUGGAACUGUGGCACAUCAUCCACCAUUGCUACAAUGGGUCACUAUCAAUUCCCCGUAAACAAGAUGAUCCUUGCCAAACUCCCAUCACAGUAUGAACCUGCUACCACCGAAAGCCUUGAUCCAUUAGAAGUAGAUACAGCAGAUAAACUGGUCAUUGUUGCUUUAGGCGACGGUAGUGUUCGUGGAAUCCAUUUAGGCACGAAGAAGGAGAUUUUUGCAACACCUGCUACCGAUGUGGCAUUAACAGCUGUUGCUUAUGAGGGAGAAACAGGUACAAUUUUCACAGGAAAUGCCAAUGGUCUCGUCCAAGUAUUUUCCAUCCAAAAAAGCCUGCAAGAACCCCAUGUAGCUUGGAGUAGAAAUGGUCAUGCCAUUACUUCUCUCGUUACCAAGUUGAGCAGUAACGGUGAAACUGUACUCUGUAUUAGUGCUGCCGACGGAAGUGUAUAUCAAACUGGAUCUUUAAAUAGUCUUUUGCGUUCUAAUAGUGCCGUUUAUGUGGAAGCAGAAUACACCGGAAGUGAAUUAGAGCCUGUUUAUGACAUGAAGGUCAUGUCCAGUGGUCAUGAGUCUGGCUAUCAAAGAAUUGCAUGUGCUGUUCGUGACGGCAAAGUUAAAAUUUAUUAAAUAAACACAAUAAAAAGUAUUGAUGCACAAU